AUGGCCGAAGCCGAAGCAAUUGAGCCAGACUUACGCGUCCGCUUCGCUGGGCAUGUCGGGGCAGACCAGUCCGGCGAGGAGAAGUCUUCCAGCGCCAGCGAGAAGCCUCUGGACAUUGACGACGAAGAGAACGCACGUAGGAUCGCUGAUCAUGACCUCAACCAGAGCCACAAGCAGAGAUAUAGCGGUGUCGUGCUUCUAUGGCUCGCCUUCCAGAGUACUGGUGUCAUCUACGGCGACAUCGGUACCUCUCCCCUCUACGUCUACUCGUCGACUUUCACUAGCCAGCCCUCCUGGGAAGAUCUUGUCGGCGCGCUCUCCAUCAUCAUCUGGUCCCUCACCCUGAUCGUCACCGUCAAAUACUGCUUCGUUGUCCUCUCGGCCGACGAUGACGGCCAGGGCGGCACCUUCGCCCUAUACAGUCUCCUGGCUCGCUACACCCACAUCGUGAAAGAGAAUCCCGUCACCAACGGCAUGGUCAGGAUGGAACGAUACCAGACCAACGAGAUGAAGCCCGCUGGUCGAGACCUGAGAAGCUUCCUCGAGAAGUCCUCGACAUCCAAGCUUCUUCUCAGAGUCGUCGGCAUCAUCGGUAUCUCGCUGGUCAUGGCCGACGGCGUCUUGACGCCCGCGCAGUCCGUCCUCGGCGCGAUUCAGGGGAUCCGCGUCGCGAACCCCGACCUCGGCACGUCGGCCGUGGUUGGGAUCUCGAUCGCAAUCCUGAUUCUGCUGUUCUUCGUCCAGCCGUUCGGGACGUCGAAACUUGGGACGGUGUUCGCUCCCAUCGUCACGAUUUGGCUGCUGUUCAACUUGUGCGCUGGCAUCUACAACCUGGCUGUGUUCGACUACACUGUCUUGAAGGCGUUCAGCCCUUACUUCGCCUUCACCUAUCUGAUCAGGAAUGGUCAUGAUGGUUGGAAGUCCCUGGGCGGACUGCUCCUUGCUUUUACUGGUGUGGAAGCGUUGUUCGCCGAUCUAGGCGCCUUCAGCAAGCGUGCUGUGCAGAUUUCCUGGCUAGGAUUGACAUACCCGUGCCUCAUCUUCGCCUACGCUGGCCAGGCGGCUUUCAUCUCCAUGGAUGCGGAUGAGACCGCCUACUCGAACCCCUUCUUCUACACGGUGCCGCCGGGAACCCUCUACUUCAGUCUCGUGCUAGCAAUACUCGCAGCCAUUGUUGCCUCGCAGGCCAUGAUCACGUCCAGCUUUCAGCUGUUGUCGCAAGUCAUGCGCAUGUCGUACUUUCCUCACAUCAAGGUCAUCCAUACAAGCCAUCAGUUCCACGACCAGGUGUACAUUCCGCUGGCGAACUGGUUGCUGAUGAUUGGGACGGUCAUCGUGACGGCUGUGUAUAACAACACAACUUCACUCGGAAACGCGUACGGUGUCUGCGUGAUCCUCGUUACGUUGAUCACAACCUGUAUGGUGUCACUAGUCGCGAUUCUCGUCUGGCGCUUCCCAUUAUACCUCGUCUUGCCAGUAUUCCUCGUCUUCGUAGCUCUAGACGGGGCCUACACAUCGGCAGUGCUCACCAAGGUCCCCGAGGGCGCCUGGUUCACGCUCCUGCUGGCCGCGAUCCUCUGCUCCAUCUUCAUCCUCUGGCGCUACGGCAAGGAGCAGCAAUGGAGCGCCGAGUCGCUGGGCCGCCUGCCCCCGGCCAGUCUCAUCACCGCCACCCCCGCAAGCGGCGGCAACACCGUUGCCGUCCCCCGCCUCAGCAGCGCCUUCGGGGGCGCUCCCAUCAGCACCGUCGAGGGUCUCGGCAUCUUCUUCGACAAGACCGGCGACGUCGGCCUGCUGCCCGUGGCCUUCACGCAGUUCCUCAUCAAGUUCGCCGCCCGCCCCCGCGUCCUCAUCUUCUUCCAUAUGCGGCCGCUGCCCGUGCCGUUCGUACCGCUGUCCGAGCGCUACGUCAUCACGCGCUCCCACGCCAUCGGAACCGGCUGCUACACCGUCGCGCUGCGCCACGGCUACGCUGACGACAUCAUCAGGCCCGGACUGGCGCGCGAGCUCGUCGCCCAGGUCGAGCUGGCCAUCACCGCGCGCCACCGCGACGUCGACACAGCGGAGCUGGCGGCGCUGCGCGCGGCGUGCGAGGCGCAGACUGUGUACGUGCUCGGCAAGGAGACGAUGCGCAUCAAGCGGGCCAAGGGCGUCGGCGCUGUUGCGCGCAGGGCGCUUCUUGGGCUGUUCUUGUGGCUUCGCGAGAAUUCGCGCACUAAACUGGCGGACCUGGAUAUCGAUGCUGAUAGGCUGAUCGAGGUCGGUUUUGUCAAGGAGAUCUAG